GCCUCAUAUCUUCUAAGUGAGUUUUUGAUAACGACAAACUUUUUUGUUGUUUGUAUUUGCACAUUUCAUCAUAUUUGGUUCCAACACUCAUGAUUUGUAAAACGAAUUAGAUGAUUGUAUAAAUAAAAUAUGAGUUUUAUUAAUCUUGCAUUUCCAUCAUUAACGAAUCUAAAUUCACAAGUUCUACCCUCAAUUUCACAUAUUUCAUCGGUAUUGAAAUGCAAAACAUACACAUCGCCAUUAGGCACUGGAAAGCAGAAAAAUGUUGUCAUCAAUAGCGACAAAUUACCAGUUAGCAGCGAAUCAUUUUCGGUUGCUAAUGAUAAACUGUCGACAUCAAGCGCCUCAGCUGUCAUCGCAACACUUAUCGAUGAAAAGCAAUUUAAUUUUGUGAUCGAAAAAUUUUUCCGACCAUCAUUCAAUGCAAAAAGUAAUCGAUUCAAAAUUGAUUUCAUAGCCAAUUUGCUUUCAUCAUCAUCCAACGAUUCCCAGAAUGCAUUCAAACAGCCUUAUAGGAUCGUUUACAAUUCGAAAAAAGAUACUUUACGCAUAAAUAAUCAUCGAUUUAAACUUUUCGCUAGCCAAACCGCUGAUAUCCUCAAUAAUGUUGUUUGUUUAAAUGAUCAACAACAGAGACGAAAUUUUAAUACAAAAACACACUCACAACGUUAUACCGGAAUCGGCAGCUCUCUUAAUCGACGAUAUUUGGACAAUCGAAAUUCUUUUAAUCUGAAACUUGGCUCUAUAUUUAAAAAAGAUGCUCCACUUGAAACUGAAAAGCUUAAAACCUUAAUCAAUGAUGAAAAAUUGACCGAAGAAGAACGUCAACGGAUCAAGAUUGCAUUUGCUGAAGGAUAUUCGGCUGCUGAUCCAAAACAUUCACAAUCUCGAAAGUUGCGUGUGUUCAAUGUGUUCAGAGAUUUAUUGGGCAUAAUUCUUAUACUGGCUAUACUUGUAUCAUUUAUGGGUGAGACAUUCGGUGGUACGUUUCGUCGAGUAUUGUUCGGCGAUACCAAUGAAGUUUUACAGGAAGAAAUUGACGUUACUUUUAACGAUGUCAAAGGAGUUGAUGAAGCUAAACAAGAACUUCAAGAAAUUGUCGAAUUCCUCAAGAAUCCAGAAAAAUUUUCAUCACUUGGUGGAAAAUUACCUAAAGGUGUUUUGUUAGUUGGACCUCCUGGUACUGGAAAAACAUUGCUUGCUCGUGCGGUAGCUGGUGAAGCUGGUGUUCCUUUUUUUCAUGCUGCAGGUCCAGAAUUCGAUGAGAUACUUGUCGGUCAAGGUGCCAAACGUGUUCGAGACUUGUUUGCAACAGCCAAACAAAAAGCACCUUGUGUAAUUUUUAUAGAUGAAAUAGAUUCUGUUGGCGCCAAACGAACUAAUUCUGUAUUGCAUCCAUACGCCAACCAGACUAUAAAUCAGUUGUUGACUGAAAUGGAUGGAUUUCGACAAAACGAAGGUGUAAUCGUAUUAGGCGCUACAAAUCGCCGUGACGAUUUAGAUAAGGCACUCAUUCGACCCGGACGUUUUGAUGUCGAGAUUCAAGUUUCCUUACCAGAUUUUGAAGGGCGCAAAGAGAUAAUCCAGUUGUACUUGGGAAAAAUCAAGUAUGCUUCGGAUGUCGAUUUAGAUGUGUUGGCCCGUGGAACUGUUGGUUUUACCGGUGCCGAUCUUGAGAAUCUGAUCAAUCAAGCUGCAUUGAGAGCGGUUAUUGAUGGUCUAAGUGAUGUGCCUAUGGAAUAUAUAGAAAAUUCUCGCGAUAAGGUUCUGAUGGGCCCUGAAAAGAAGAAUCGAAUUCCUGACGAAGAAGCAAAUAAAAUAACUGCUUAUCAUGAAGCUGGUCAUGCUCUUGUUUCUUAUUACACUAAAGAUUCACAUCCACUGCAUAAGGUUACCAUUAUACCUCGAGGUCCAUCGCUUGGUCAUACAGCCUAUAUACCAGAAAAAGAAUCCUAUCAUGUAACACGAAGUCAAAUGUUGGCUACUAUGGAUACUUUAAUGGGUGGUCGUGUGGCUGAAGAACUUAUCUUUGGUUUAGAACGUAUCACUACAGGUGCAUCUAGUGAUUUGAAAAAAGCAACCAAAAUGGCAACAAGUAUGGUUAAAGAUUUGGGAAUGUCCGAAAAGGUCGGAUUACGAACUUUUGAUGAGGAACAUAAUUCAUUGGUGGUAGUCAAUGAAUUAUCCAAUUCAACAUCCGAACUUAUUGACAAUGAAAUCAAACGAAUUCUUCAGGAAUCAUAUGAUCGAGCCAAAAACAUAUUGAAAUCGCAUAGUCAACAACAUGCGAAAUUGGCCGAAGCCCUGUUGAAACAUGAAACUUUGAAUGCGGAGGAAAUUAAACAAUUGUUGGCCAAUUAAAUCUUAUCUAUCAAGAAGUACACAAAAAUAAAACAAAUCACAAUAUUUUUUCAUUCAAAUAAUCUGAUGGAAACAAAUAAUUUCCCUGUGUGUGUGUGUGUGUUUUAAGCUGUAAAAUUGUAU